AUGGAGCUCAAAGUAUGGGUGGAUGGAGUCCAGAGAAUCGUGUGUGGGGUCACCGAAGUAACAACAUGUCAGGAAGUUGUUGUAGCCCUUGCUCAGGCUAUUGGGCGCACCGGGCGGUACACGCUGAUCGAGAAGUGGAGGGACACGGAGCGGCAGCUGGCGCCUCACGAGAACCCCAUCGUGUCCCUCAACAAGUGGGGGCAGUACGCGAGCGACGUGCAGCUCAUCCUGCGGCGCACGGGGCCCUCCCUGAGCGAGCGCCCCACGUCCGACAGCGUGGCGCGCAUCCCCGAGAGGACGCUGUACCGGCAGAGCUUGCCGCCCCUGGCCAAGCUCAGGCCGUCUGGGGAUAAGUCCAUGAAGAGGAGGGAGCCCAAAAGGAAAUCCCUCACCUUCACCGGAGGCGCCAAGGGGUUAAUGGACAUUUUUGGGAAGAGCAAGGAAUCCGAGUUCAAGCAAAAGGUGCUUAACAACUGUAAAACAACAGCGGAUGAGUUGAAGAAACUGAUCCACCUGCAGACGGAGAAGCUUCAGUGCAUCGAGAAGCAGCUGGAGUCCAACGAAGCCGAGAUUCGCUUCUGGGAGCAGAAGUACAACGCGAGCCUGGAAGAAGAAAUCCUCAAGCUGGAGCAGAAGAUCAAACGGAACGAAGUGGAGAUUGAGGAGGAAGAAUUCUGGGAAAACGAGCUGCAGAUCGAACAGGAGAAUGAAAAGCAGCUGAAGGAGCAGCUGCAGGAGAUGAGGCAGAGGAUCCUGGAGUGCGAGGGCAAGCUGAAGGACUACAUGUCUCAGAUCCACAACAUGGAGAGUGGCCUUGAAGCAGAGAAACUGCAGCGGGAAGUUCAGGAGUCCCAAGUGAAUGAAGAAGAGGUCAAGGAAAAGAUUGAGAAGGUGAAGGGUGAAAUUGAUAUUCAGGGCCAGCAGAGCCUGAGACUGGAAAAUGGCAUUAAAGCUGUAGAAAGGUCUUUGGGCCAAGCCACCAAGCGGUUACAGGACAGGGAACAAGAACUGGAGCAACUGACAAAGGAGCUGCGACAGGUCAACCUGCAACAGUUCAUCCAGCAAACAGGAACGAAGGUGACGGUGCUGCCAGCAGACCCCGUUGAGGUGGAGGCCCCACGCGUGGAGCUCGAGAGAGAGCCAACAUUUCAGUCUGGGUCCCUGAAGCGCCCUGGCUCAUCAAGGCAGCUCCCCAGCAACCUUCGGAUCCUACAGAAUCCCCUGUCGUCUGGUUUUAACCCAGAGGGCAUUUAUGUAUGACAGUACAUACCUCUUCUGGAGAGGACCUAGCAAGGUACCCUGGACAAGAUACACUUUUAUUUUAUUCUGCCAAUGAUGAAUGGAAGAAGUUUGUUUUGUUUUUUGUUAAGCCACCGUGUUGUUUCUUCUUCCUCCAACACACCACUUGGAGCCAUACCCUGUGCACUGAUGCUAAAGAGACACGAAUUGUCUCACUUCAUAAUUGGCAAGGAUGACCUUACUGUCAACACAGCUAAAGUGCAAAAACCUUCAUUGUUUUUGCCACUUCAGAAGUGUUUGGGAAAGUAUUGUUCCUUGUAUAGGCUUAAAUGAGACUUGAGGGUGAAGGAAACAGUGUAUGCAACUUAUCAGAGGCUUAAUUUAUUCCCUUGAAUCAAUGGACCUGUGAAUGUUGACCUUUUAUAUUUUUAUUUUUAACUUGUGAAUAAUCACGUUUGGCUGUGUGUCAGUCUGACAAGGUGACUUUGUGUGUACAAACAUAUCCCCCAUUUGGUCAAGUACAGCAGCCUGCAGUGCAGAGUUCUGUGGAGUGCUGAACCAUCACAGUGGUUUCUCACCACUAGGUUUGUUCGUUUCUGUUGUGGGUCAUAACAUGUCAUGUUCCAUCCAUUGCUACCUUUUAAGGCUUGAAAAGUGAGCUUGGGAUUUACUUGCUGUUGAAUCUGCCUUGAAUGAAGCACCUAGUGUUCAAAAGAUUUAUGGAUUUUAAACCUUGGCUUGGUAAAAAUAUUUCCAGCAUAUGAUUGAGGAUGCACUAGUUAGAUGAUAUUUUAUUAUAUAGAAUGUAUAUUUGAAAUAUUUUGCCACAUUGUAUAUUGCCUUUUGAGAAAAGAACAAUGUAAGAAGUUGUCUUCAUAUAUCUUACCAAAAGAGUGUAGGAGGCUUUCA